AUGGAUGGGUUUACAGAGGGCCUAGAAACUCUUCUAGCAUUCAAUCCUAAAUGCCCUUUUCUAUUGAGCCGUCCAAACCUCACCCAGAUCUUCCCUAAAUGCAUCCAGGGUCUUCGCAUCAGUGGCUUAGCACUAUACACUGUGAUAUCUGGAUUUGUCGAGGAGGACAGCUCAUCUCUGCUAGCAGUCUUCUUCUCUCUAUCGGCUCAUGCUCCAAGGAGUAAAUAUAUAUACUGCAGGAAGGAAUCAACAUUUGAUUUAUUGCUUAUGGAUGAAAGUAGUUCAUUACCGGCGCCUGAAACUAAUAUUACAGCUCUCAAAGAAGCCCUUUACACAAAGCAAGAUCUUCUACAAAAGCUUUACAAUGAGUUAGAUGAGGAAAGAGAAGCCUCAGCCUCUGCAGCGAGCGAAGCAUUAUCCAUGAUAUUGCGGCUGCAAGGAGAAAAGGCCUCACUGAAGUUGGAAGCAAGCCAAUAUAAGAGAAUGGCAGAGGAAAAGAUGUGUCAUGCAGAAGAAGCUCUGGCAGUUGUCGAAGAACUCAUAUACCAGAGAGAACUGGAGAUUGCAUCUCUUGAAUACCAAGUUCAGGCUUAUAGGUACAGACUUAUAAGCAUGGGCUGUAAUGAUUUGGGCGUGUAUGAGAAUACAUUUCCAGAGAAUCUGUUAAUGCAAAGAAAUGAUGCUUUAUGUGGGGAAAGUGUUGCCAAUGGCAAUAUAAGGAAAUUCAACUCUCUGCCUCAGGUUUCAACCAAGGACGCCAAUUUCAAUAAAAGUACUAUUGAAAGAAAAAGAUCUGUAGUCCCAGUGCCAGAUUCAAUGGAAAUCGAUGUGGAGGAAAUUGCAAUCCGAGAAGUUAAUGAUUCAGAGAAGAAGUCAGGGAGUUCUGGUGCAGAGACUAAUUCCUAUUGGGAGCAGAUCAAAAGGUUGGAUGAAAGGGUAAAAGAGAUUUCUGAUGGCAAAGAUUCCGGCAGAAAUAAAUCUACAAUCUGGAAGGGUGGCACUUGGUCCCCAUCAUUGUUUUCACAAAUGGGCAUUGGCUCGUCUGGCGAUGCAACAAGAAAGAUAAAUGCUAUUCACUCGGACAAAGUUAAGCAGCAUCAAGAUUCACAGGUAAGUGUCCAGGAUAUUUUUGAAGUCCCGCAAAUUACGGAGAGUUGCAAAGUUUCUGAACCUCCACUGAAAGAACGUCACAAACUGACUUUGGAAGAUGAAAACAGGCUUCAAAAGCCAGAUAUAGCAUCCGAGGAUAUUCCUGAAUCACCUAAGAAAGAUGAAAGAGAUCUGAAGAAAUUACCUAAGCAAAGAGAGGGGACAGGUGUUGAGAAGAAAUUGCCUAAGCCAAGAGAAGGGACUAGCGUCCACCGCAAUGUGUCUCCUACAGGCCGCCCAACAUUUAGUGUAAGCAAUUCUCAAGCUGAGUAUCAACAGCUGAGUCAGAGAGUUGAGAGGCUUGAGAGAGCAAGAAACAAUACCAGACAAGAAAUUAUUGCUGAAGGGGAAGAGGAAUUGAGUUUGUUGAAAGAGAUACGUGAACAACUCAAUUCAAUACAGUCUGAUAUCAGAAGCUUGACAACAAAAAAACCCCAUGUUCCAGAUGAGCCACCUUUAGAUCUUCUCCAAGAACCUUUAGAUCUUCUCCAAGAGCAAUCAAGUUUUUACGGUCUCAAUCUUCAUGAAUUCUCGGGUUUUGAUGAGUUCUGCAACAAGGAGUCGCUAAGAAUAUGCUUUAAUGAUUCUAAAGUUUUGGUUUCAUUAGAAUGUCUUAGGCAUGCUGUCAUUUUGGUUUUGUUUGAUCUCCUGAUAGGGAUGUUGAUUGUAAAGUGA